AUGGCAUCGUUUGCCAAAAAGAGAAAAAUGAAUUUUUCAGAGAGAGAGGUAGAAAUUUUUGUGGAGGAAAAAGAGAAACAAAAGCAUACACUCGUUAACCACUUCAAUGCUGGAGUCACUCACAUUGCGAAGAAUAACGCAUGGUUAGAGAUUCUGAAAAAGGUGAACGCUGUAACUACCUGUCCAAGAGAGUUGGCUGAAGUCAAGAAGAAGUGGUCCGAUAUGAAGACUGAAGUUAGGCGCAAAGUGGCCCAAGCAAGAGCGGCAAUUGAGGGGACAUCCGUGGACUGUACUCCCGUGCCUGUCAUCCUGACCGCUAUGCAGCAGCGCAUCUGUAAUCUCCUUGGGGAAGCCACCAUCAUCAGUUUACCUGCGGGGGACUCGGAUGCAGAAAUGACCCCUUCCUCUGCCAUGAGCGCAGCCACCACUGUGACUCUCACAGAAAGUCUUCAAUCAGGUUCAACGGGAGUUUGCGAAGAAACAAAAACUCUAGAUGCAGAGACCACCUACCACACCCUGGAAGAGGGGGGUGUGGUGGAGUACUGCACCACCUCGGAGACAGCUCCACGUGCGGUGACGGCGCUGGAGGCCCCGGUGGAGAUGCUGGCCCCUUCGCACCCCCAGGGUACGGCCAAGCCCCAGGAGCUGAAGAGCCGCAUCGCCCUCAACUCUGCCCGCCUGCUGCAGGAGCAGCGUGUCACCAACGUGCACAUGCGCCAGAUUGCGCAGCACCUGGAGGGCCAGAAUGACUUGCUGCAGGUGAUGCGGCGCUGGCAGGAGGCGCAGGCCUACGCCCAGGAGCGUCAGGCCCAGGCGCUGGAGGGGACACAGGCUGCCCUGCUGGCGCUGGUGCAGAUGCUGCGGCCUGCGCUCAAGGACCUGCGCAAGUUCCUGCAGAGCGGGGCGGAGAACCCUAGCAACCUGGGGGGGCCGGGAGGGCCGGAGAACCCUAGAAACCUGGGGGGGAUAGAGGCAGAGGAACAGAGACCCAAGUCUCCAUUAGGGGGGGCAGGGGAACAGAGACCCAAGUCUCCAUUAGGGGGGGCAGGGGAACAGAGACCCAAGUCUCCACAGCAAACAGAGGGUAGACAAUGAAUGUGUGUGUGUUUGUGCGUGUGUGUGUGUGGGAGAAGUGAGGAAAUGUUUGAUUUGUGGACUAGUGUGGAGGGAUGCAUGUGUUUUAAAUGUGUGUUUGUGUGAGUAAGCUAUGUGUGUAUAAUCGUGUGAGUGUAUAAGUAAGCUAUGUGUGUGUGUAUAACCGUGUGAGUGUGUGAGGCAGAGAGAAUAUAUAAAGGCCAUAGAACAAGCAUGUAGGUUAUAAAGCUUUUACUGUUCUCAAAUGCCUGAUUUUAGGCCUAUGAUCAGAGUGCUUAAAGUGUACAUGAUGUCACGGAUCUGAAGCCCAGACUGUUCCACACUGCUCUCUCGGAUUAAAUGAUUCUGCUUGAAGGUAUAUCUGCAAAAAUGCCUAUUCGAUAAUAAAACAUAAAGAAAUCCUAUUGGAUUUGGACUCGAUGACUCAACUACUUUAUGAAUGUAAUCAUACAAUUAUUUCAUCAUGGCCUACUGCAGGGGUGUUCAAUCCCAGUCCUCGAGAGCCCCUGUCCUGCAUGUUUUAGAUG